UCUCGUUUCCUGCCGUCCAAGAUCGUUUCGCGAUGGGAAGAGCCAACCUCCACACUUGCAAUUGGUUGAUCGCCUCCGAGAAGUGAAACGGCUGCUCGCGUUGCUCUCCAAAUCCCGUCGAAAUGGCGGCUCUCGCGGCCUCUAUUGGCCUUCGUCCUAAGCCUCCGAGCUCUCUCAAGUCUUUUCCUUAUACACUUUUUCGUAGGAUUCAGUGCUCCAUCGAGGAUCUCAAGGGCCAGAGAGUUGCGGUUGUAGGCCUAGGUGUUUCUGGGAGAGCCGCGGUUAAGCUUGCACUUUCUAGAGGUGCUUCUGUUCUUGCGAUUGAUAAAAAUGAGCAAAUGGUUCCUCUGGAGAGAGAUCCUCAGUUUGUGGAAUAUGCUGAUUUGCAAACCAUGCUUGGUUAUUGUGACAACAUGCACCUUGCUAAUGCAGAUAGAAUAGUUGUAUCUCCUGGGGUUCCCCUCCAGGAGUAUGACCUUUCCUCUUUGCUGCAUUCUGGAAAGCUAGUGAUGUCUGAACUGGACUUUGCAGCUGAAGCAUUGCCUCAGAGCAUGAAGAUUUUAGCAGUGACAGGAACAAAUGGAAAAUCCACCGUCACUACUUUUGCUGGACAGAUGCUUCAUCAUUUUGGCAUUGAAAUCUUUGUUGGAGGGAACCUUGGAAAGCCACUCUCAGAUGCUGCCUUCCUCUGUUUGCAUGCAAAUUCCAUUGAGGAUAUGAUUCAGGUUGCUGUGGUGGAGGUUAGUAGCUACCAGCUAGAAAUUCCAACCAAAUACUUCUCCCCAUCAGUUGCAGUCAUUCUAAAUCUCACUCCUGAUCAUCUAGAGAGGCACAAGACGUUGAAGAAUUAUGCUGAAACAAAAUGCCGUUUGUUUUCUCAUUUGAAGCAUAACAAGCUUGCGAUCCUCCCCGUUGGAAAUCAAUACAUGGAGGAAGCUUACAGCAAAUAUACUGAUAAGUGCAAUCUAGCUUGGAUUGAAGGAAACCCAGGCAUUAAGACUGAUUUUGGGUCAAAGGUCGCCACAUUUAGCUUUCCUACAACUGGGAUUGUGACACAUCUACAACUAGGAGAUCUAAAGGCAAUAGGGGCCCACAAUCAUAGUAAUGCAGCUGUGGCUGCAUUUUCAGUUCUUGGGUUGGAUGUUGGAAUUGAUUGUGACUUCAUUAAAUCCACAGUGGGUAUUCUCAGUAUUCUGCCACAUCGGAUGCAAGUAGUUUGCAUAGAUGCACAUGGAAUAACAUGGGUGAAUGACAGCAAGGCAACAAAUGUUGAAUCAACCUUGACAGGAUUAAAGGGUUUAAAAGAACAUAAUGCUGUUGUUCUUCUUGGUGGUGUUGCAAAGGCUUUGAAUGAUCGAGAAUCCAAUGGUUUUGAACAACUAAUAGACGAUCUUAAACACCACAAAGGUGUUAUCACGUUUGGAUCAUCAGGUGCAAUGAUCCAGAAAACACUCUGUGAUGGUGGUCUAGAAGUUCCUUGUGUCAGAGCCAUGAAUCUUAAACAAGCUGUGGAUAUUGCCAAAAACAUGGCAACAUAUGGUGGUGAGAAAGCAAAUGAGUCUAAUCAGGGACCUUGCAGUGCAAGUGUAAUGAUCUCAGGUGCAAAUUUCUUGAAAUCAUGCCCGUGAGUCAAUCAUGUUUCUAGAGCUUCUAAUUACAAUCACAAUACAGGUAUUUGUUAUAUUAUUUCCGUCAAUCAUGAAAUUAUUUUUCAUUGUCAUGUGUACAAUACAAUAAUACUUACAAAGGUAUGCUUCAAACAAUAUAACUCAUUUUGUCAGUGAAGUUCUCUUUGAUUUCCUGCUCUUCUGAUGUAGUAUGAUGGCAGCACAGUAUCAGAUACAUUAAUAAUCAUAAUAUGAUAAUGGAAUCUUAUUGUUCAUCAUGUUUAAGAAUUGUCCAAAUGUUCUUAGAAAUUGGUUCCUCGUGAAUUUAUGGUAAAAUCUUGAAAUUUCUUCUCCCUUGAAGCAAUCGACUGUUAAAAAUGCAUGUGUCACAGUGAGGAAUAUACCAAUGUCAAUAUGCAUGUAUUUGUGUUCGAAUCCCUUGUUUGUAGGAUGUUGGAGGCCUUCCACAACAGUUGUAGGGGAUGGCUUGAGGAGGGGUGACAAUCUCCUCUCGGAUGAAGUGGAUCCAGAGUGGGUUCAGGUUAUGGACAAGGAGGGGUCGAAAGCUAGGAGAAAGCCUCCUAAGAACGUCCCUUCAGUCCCGUUUUUCCUAUCAAUUGCUCGGAGUAAGAAGAAGAAGACCCUUCAUACCAGCGACAAUGUUGUUGAUGCAGCGAAUCUCUCGCCUCCAUCCUCUGAACUUGUUUAUUUUAUCCUAGAAUUGCAGUGGUGCAAUCGUGUGGGAGGGUCGCGUGUGACUUAGUGCCCUCACAAAAUCUUAGUCACACUGGAGAGUCAUCUGUUGAGGACCACAACCUUGCCUUUUUCCGAAAGCUAGGAUCUGCUUGAGAGGGUGACGUCAUCCCUGCCAAUGGAUGCUCUAGUGACAUUAUAGUGGUAUGGAGAACUGCUUCGGUCAAGGCGACACCUGGUAAAUUUCCUCAAUGUCUUAAUAUCAUCCUGGAAACACCAGGUGUGCCUUCUUGCCUUUUUUUUUGUGUUUUUUCCAUGGUUUAUUCCAGUACUUUGGUUGUCGUUGUGACCUUUAGAAUAUAUUUAUGGA